GUGGCGGACUGAUGGGUUGUGACUAUGGCUGCUCCUAGUAGGAAGCAGGUACUCCGGUUUCUGUGCCAGUUUGGAGCGUUUAUAUUGACCCGGUUCGGCUUUUGGAAUUGCUUUAGUAUGUUGAUGCUCUUUGCCGAACGAGCAGACUCAAAAAGGAAGCCAGACAUCCACGUACCAUACCUGUAUGUGGACAUGGGGAUUGCAGUGCUGUGUGCCAGCUUCAUGUCGUUUGGCGUAAAGAGGAGGUGGUUUGCAAUGGGCGCAGCCAUGCAGCUCGCCAUCAGCACGUAUGCUUCGUACGUCGGCGAACAGGUGCAUUAUGGCGAGUGGCUGAAGGUCCGAAUGUAUUCCAGAGCUCUGGCUAUAAUCGGGGGAUUUCUGGUUCUGGCCAGCGGGGCGGGGGAAGUGUACAGGCAGAAAUCUCGCACCAGGUCCCUGCAGUCCACUGGACAAGUCUUCCUGGGCGUAUAUCUGAUUUGUAUAGUGUACUCCCUCCAGCACAGCAAAGAGGACCGGCUGGCCUAUCUGAACCACAUCUUUGGGGGGGAGAUCACUCUGAUGCUGCUGGAAGUUCUGUACGGGGUGCUGGCGCUGGCCUUCCUGUCCGGCUACUACAUGCGGCUGGCGGCUCAGAUUCUGGCCAGCGCUCUUCCUCUGGUCAUCCUCUUUAUCGACGGCAACCUGGGCUACUGGCACCACACUCGCAAAGUGGAGUUCUGGAACCAGAUGAAGCUGAUAGGACACAAUGUGGGAAUAUUCGGUGCCGUGUUAAUCCUGGCUACUGAUGGUUAAGCCCCCCCCCCCCCCUUUUUUUUUUUUGGAUAACACACUAAGGUGUUCGUGCAGGAUCAAACUGACUGGACUGUGCACGAAUUACUGUCCCUCAGUGACCUCUCAGGACUCAUUCGAAAUAGACUGCUGGAUGAUCACGUAAUGUGAAACGUUUGUCUCACUGAACAGCUGUUAUGUUUGCUUUUGGUGGGGUGGGGCUUUUUAUAUAUAUAUAUAUAUCUUUUUCUGUAAUGCUCUGAAUUUUUGAGUAUUAACAUUGUCUCCAGCGAAAAGUCUUAAAUUGUCAAGUAUUGCUUUAUGGCAUGUUUUAAAACUGCUAAAUAUUUUUG